AAUACCUAAUACCUACAAUACACAAUCAGUCAGUUAUUUAUUGUCUUAUUCAAGCAAAAUGCGUCUCUUGUUUGCUGUAUUCUAUCUAUCUUUUAUCCACAUCCAGUCCUCAUUGGCCGCUGGGAAACAAGGCGUCUUUAAAGACAUCUUCAACAUAAGGUCGAAGGAUGUAGCUGAAAGUUCUCACCAAUUCAAAGAUUUUUCAGAUUCAACGCCUCAAUUUAAUUGUAACAAAAUUGAAUUUGGGUCAAUUGUUGAUGUUUUGAAGCGUGAAAAGCAAAUUAAAGCUCAUUUGCAACAAGUUCGAUCAUAUAUUCAGAAAAAUGCUGAUGAAGAUUCGAAGCCAGUAUUAACUGACUUUUACGAUUCCGUUUUUCACGUAUUCACCGUGCUAACGCCACAAUUGAAACAAGCAAUUGAUAGAUGGAAUGAAUGUUGUUUUAUGUUCAAAUCAGUUUAUAGCGAGUAUUUGAGUCUAGUAAAAUCAAAACCGAAAAAAAUCAAAAAGAGUUCGGACAUACUUGAACAGAACGAACAAAUGGUGAAUGAACCGGGUUUACAAUUGAACAAAAUGGGAAAAAAUUUGGACUACCUAUUGAAAACAUUCGUUUCGUUUGCCGAAAAUUCAAAUGCUUUGGAUAAUGUAGAUGCUCUGAAAAAAACCGACAAACCUACCUUACUUGAGGACUUGAAAAUCGUUGCACUUAAAUUCUCGGUUAGCGAUAAAAAACGCAUUGAAACACUUGCACGCGAUUUACAAGUUGCAUUGAAGAAAGAAUUGCCGAGUGCUCGCAAUUUCGGUGAAUUCCUGGAGGUGACAACAUUUAAAGUCCAAUAAAAUUGCAUUGAAAGUGGCAAAAACGUUAAAAUUAAAAUGAAAGUAUAAAGUUUUUCGUUUUACAAUCAUUUUAUGUAAUUCACGCGGUCUAACAUUCAAUAAAGUAUGAUUCGAACAUUUGAUUCUAAUUUCAUCAAUUA